CUCAUACUUCUACGUCAAUAAGCCUGUCUCACAAGGCAAAUCCUCUUACAAUGGGUCGCGAAGAUCAAGUGGAGGAGCGGGAAGUCCUGGACUCUAUUUUCCCGGACGAAAUAACUGAUAUUUCGGAAACAUCUUACACGAUAUCAAUCCUUCUCGAUGUCACCAACGAAGCCGGCAAUGAGGCCGAACCUCCAACCAUCAUCCUGAAGAUCGAAUACCCGGAAAACUACCCAGAUGAAGCCCCGCUUGUCGAGAUUUGCGCACCAGAUGAUGUGGUAGCACACGAACUUUUCGACAUCGAAGAGGACAGAGAGCGGUUGAUCGAUGCCCUGAAUGAUUCCAUUGAGGAGAACAUGGGCAUGGCCAUGGUUUUCACCCUCGUUUCGACUGUCAAGGAUGAAGCUGAGCAGAUAAUACAAGAGCGCCAAGCAGUGCUGAUGCAAGAGCACGUCAAGCGCGUGAUGGCUAUCGAGGCCGAGGAGAACAAGAAAUUCCAUGGAACGCCGGUGAAUAUCGAGACGUUUGCGAAGUGGAGGGACGCUUUCAGGAAAGAGAUGGACGAUAUCGAGCAAGCAGAGCGUGAAGUAGAGGAAGCUGCCGAGAAGAAGAGAAACAGAGGGAAGGAAACGGAAGUUAAGCUUACAGGAAGACAGCUUUGGGAGAGCGGCAUGGCUGGUAAGGCGGAUGAGGAUGACGAUUUGGAGGAUGCUGCUGUAGCGGCUAUGGAGAAGGUCAAGGUUUGACGAGAUACGUUCGAGGUUUUUAUUGCUUGGGUCGGAACAACCGAUCUCCAUGAUAUAUGAGGCGUUGCAUUGGAGGCGUUUUGGGUAGAGCCGGAAAAUACGCGGACCAUCAGGGCCAUAGGCUCUGUUAGGUAUCUAUAGUUGCAAUCAUGAGCACAAAACGCAGCUGACAGCUCCCCUUUUUCAACAAUGAAUAGGCA